AUGGAGGUGCUGAAUUAUUGUAAGUUAAAGGGAAAACCUAUGAGGAUAAUGUUUUCAGAACGUGAUCCUAGCAACAGAAUGAGUGGACGAGGUAACGUGUUUGUCAAGAAUCUAGACGAAUCUAUCGACAACAAGCAACUUUGCGAUAUGUUCUCUGCAUUUGGCAAAGUUCUCUCUUGCAAAGUGGCUCGUGAUGCUUCUGGAGUUUCCAAAGGAUAUGGGUUCGUCCAGUUUUACUCAGACCUUUCAGUCUACACCGCAUGCAAUUUUCACAAUGGCACGCUCAUCCGCAAUCAACAUAUUCAUGUUUGUCCAUUCGUUAGCCGUGGUCAAUGGGAUAAAUCUCGGGUUUUCACUAAUGUUUAUGUUAAAAACUUGGUGGAGACUGCGACGGAUGCUGAUUUGAAGAGGCUCUUUGGGGAGUUUGGGGAGAUAACUAGCGCGGUGGUGAUGAAAGAUGGAGAAGGUAAGUCUAGAAGGUUCGGGUUUGUGAACUUCGAGAAGGCUGAGGCCGCGGUUACUGCGAUAGAGAAGAUGAACGGGGUAGUAGUUGAUGAAAAGGAGUUGCAUGUUGGAAGAGCUCAGAGGAAAACUAAUAGAACUGAGGAUUUGAAAGCUAAAUUUGAACUAGAAAAGAUAAUACGGGAUAUGAAAACACGUAAAGGGAUGAAUCUUUAUGUGAAGAAUCUUGAUGAUUCUGUUGAUAACACAAAGCUUGAAGAAUUAUUCUCAGAGUUUGGGACCAUCACUUCUUGCAAGGUCAUGGUCCAUUCCAAUGGUAUUAGCAAAGGUGUUGGGUUUGUUGAGUUCUCAACGAGCGAAGAAGCUUCGAAAGCGAUGCUCAAGAUGAAUGGGAAAAUGGUGGGAAAUAAACCUAUCUAUGUUUCUUUGGCACAAUGCAAAGAGCAACAUAAGCUUCAUUUACAAACUCAAUUUAAUAACCCACCACCAAGUCCUCACCAACAACCUAUCUUCAGUCAAGUGGUCGCUCCGGCAACAAUGUUAUCUCAACAAACUCCAUUAAGAGGAUACAACUUCCAACCAUAUUCUAUGUGCGGAUCAAGAAUGCCAAACAGUUGCCCUCCAAUCUCUAUCCCUAAUUUCAUGGUGCCACAACCAUUUCGUCCAACACUAUAUCCACCUGCUCCGCUUGUCGGCCUCUACGGUAGUUUGCCACAGCCACUACUGCAACCAAAUCUAUGGAACCCAUACCGUAGAUUUUAG